CCGAACCUAAACUAUCCAUCUCAGGAGGGCGACUCGGUCAGUGAGGCGUCCAACGCGACGCUAACGUCUCGAGCCACGGGAGCGUCGCUUGAUCCUCGAACUGAUCGUCGCACGCCGGCGCGCGGCCGUCCUCCCUCUCAGUCUCACUGCCGGCCGGCUUGCACAUAACAAGUGUUUUCCCAAAGAUCCACCGCACGGCGUACGUCUUAAAUAGAUCGUCGUGGCUGUAGCUUUGGUGACAUCGCGCUCCUCCUUGUUCCUUUUGCCUUGUCGUCGUCGAUGGAGAAGGGCAUGGACGACUCCUACAACAAGGCGGGUGGCGCCGGCGAGGUCAGGAGGAUCAACGUGGUGUACUUCUUGAGCCGCGGCGGCAGGACGGACCACCCCCACCUCUUCCGCAUCAACCACCUACACCGCUCCGGCGUUCGCCUCCGUGAUGUGAAGCGGUGGCUCUCGGAGGUCCGCGGCAAGGACAUGCAGGACAACUUCUCCUGGGCUUACAAAAGGAAGUACAAGGCUGGGUACGUAUGGCAGGACCUAAUGGACGAUGACCUCAUCACGCCCAUCUCUGACAACGAGUACGUGCUCAAGGGCUGCGACGUGCGAGGAACUCCUCCUCCUCCUUGCGCAGACGAGAAGAAACUGGACGGGAGAGAAGAGAAGGGCCGGAAGGUUUUGCCCUGCGAUCAGAAGCAGGUCGAGGAGGAGCUCCAGGUGGCGCCGGACUCCGACGAGAACUCCCCGAAGCCGCCGCCGCCGGUCGACCAGGACUCGCCGAGCAGCGAGGGCGAGGCGGCGCGUUUCAGGAUCGUCCUGCCGCUGGACCUUCAGGAGCGAAAGCGGCGGCAGCAGGAGGCCACGAGAAGUGCGGCCAUCGAUCAGCAGGCGUUGGUGGUGCGGGCGGCGGCGCCGGGCGGCAAGAAGCAGCAGCCGGCCGCGGGGAGGGCGCCGAGGAUGCGCGUGGCGCGGGUUCUCCACAGCAUCCUGACCCCGUCGCGCUCCCUCGGCGGAGCGGCGCCGGCCGAGACGACGACGACGACGACGGGUGGCGGGACGCGACGCCCGUGUGCCCCGGCAUGGACGGCUGCGGCAUCCAGUGAGUGCAGUACUUUUGGAUUCGAUUCAAUCAAACGACCUACAGUUUCUGUUACUGAUUCUGGAGGACGUGGCAGCAUGAACAGGAAGGCGAGGCUGCGGCGAGCCGGCGGGAAGGACAAGGCGAAGCGGGAGGGACGGAAGCGGGACGGCGCCGUCGCGGCGGCGCACAAGCCGGCGAGCCUGCCGCUCUGCUCGCAGUGCGGGAAGGAGUUCAAGCCGCAGGAUAUGCACUUGCACAUGCAGUCAUGCAGGGGCUUCAGGGCGCGGAUGAGGAGCAGCAACGGCACCCGUGGCACGGAUAGGAACCACACGAGAAGCGCCAGGGCCGAUGAUUCCUCCCCGGAGAGACCAUCCACCGGGCUCCUCCUCACUCAGUCGUGAUGUGAUCAAUGUUCCGAGAUGUAAAUGUGAAUAUUUAGGUGUGUGCGAAUUACUUUGGAAUUGUUUAGGUUGGUGUUCAUACAAUCGAAAAAGCUACAUCUGUGUAGUGUUUCUUACGAUUUUUUUAAAAGGAGGAUAUACCCCGGGCCUCUUUAUU